CUUCAUUUAUUAGUUUGAGCGCAACCAUGGACAACGUAAACAAUAAUGGCGGACUGAGUGUGGAGCUCUGACGCUUCACGUGUGUUAGCUGUCAUAGGACUUGCAUGUGUAUAACUGCAAGAUGGAGGAAAAUGAAGAUGACCAAAAAGUGAUAAAUCAUAAGACUGAACAUGAAGAAACUGAUGAAGAAGAGAUUGAUACCCAGGUUCAAAAUGCAACGAGGGUGGAUUUAACCAGGAUAAAAAGUGGAUACAAAGGAAAACUUCAUAGUCAGUCAAACUUACCCAACGUACUAAAUGAAUAUGGAAUGGAAGAAAAGGAAAACAAAUACAAGGAAAGUCGCAAAACACACAAAGAACGGCAAUCGAAAAAGACAGCGAAGGAACCAGAAGAAACAGAUAGCAAGGAGAAACGACGCAAAAAGAGGGAAGAGCGCUACUUACAGUUAAUGGAGGAGAGGCAGAGCAUGCCAGAAGGAAGCCAGUAUUUCUCAAAAAAGGUGUCGCACAUGAUGACCAGGCUGAAUACCCCUCGGGAGGGUAAUACACAUCAUGGGGAGCCUGAUGAUUCGCAGAAGCAAGAGAAGCCAAUAUUGAAAAAGAAGAUGGAGAAACAUGUCCUAACCACCAACAGUGACUACCUAAAGGACAUGCCUAAGUCUGACAUAGCCAAGAUUGUUGAGCUACAGGACAAGUUGAUGAAGGAAGGAAAACUAAAAACACAUUAUGAUAUUGACAAAUUCAGGGAAGAUAUAAAGAAGCCAGAAGUCUUCAAUUCAUAUUUCAAAAAUGCUAAAACUUCAGAUACAGGGUCUGUAGUAGGCAGUACUAUCAGUUUGCCCAAAGUUCAACCCCCCAAUCCUCGUGCUCUCGGUCAUAUCGCAGAAGCAUCUCGGCCACCAACAAGGGAAGAAUGGGCAGUUACUCACCAGUUUGCACCCAAAUAUGAAGAGACUAAAGCAAUGACCUCUAAAAAACAAGGAAUCUCUGAUCAAGAAAAACGGUUUCCAAAGCCUCAGAUGCCACCUCUGAAGUGUUUCGCUAUGGAUCUCGGGGAGAAACCUGCAGAUCCCGAGGAGAUACAAAGACAGGCUGAAUUGAAGGUGCGGAUCAAACAGAGGAAGAAAUUCCUUCGCAAAUUACAUCGAAUGCACCAGAUGGCUAUGGCUCAUAGUGCUGCAGCUAGCAGAAUAAUGGAAAACCAUGGGGAGAUUGGAGGGAUACUUGAUGGGAACUCACUGCGAGAUGUGUAUCUACCGUCUGAUUUUUACGCAUCCAUGUAUAGUGGAAUACAGAACUUUAUAUCUGUGCUGCCUGCCCCAGAGGACCAGUAUAUCUCUCAACAAGAUGUAGAGGUGGCAGAGAUUGGUGGUCAACUGAUGCAGGAUGACCACAGUAGAGGAUCAUCCAGUAAUGGAAGUUUCCGCUCACGUGCAACUCUACAUUCAAGGGGUAGCCUCGCAUCCCGCGGGAGUCAACAGUCUAGGGGGAGCAAGUCUGUGAGAACACCAGGUCUUCGCAGAAGAUUACAGUCUAGGGAAUCAAAUCGUACCAAAGCACCACCAUUGCCCCUUACCAUGGACGAAAUUAGAGGCAAGACCAAGGUUAUUGAGGCUAAGUGUCUGAGUAGCAACUGGAUGAACUACAUGAAAUCAGGCACGAACAUUGAGACAUCAUAGAAGACAACAAUCAAUGUUUAAAGUUUAACCUCAAAGAAAGCAAAAUCAGAGGAAAAUCUAUUGAACUCUUAGUUUUUUACAGAAUUGAAAUUUAAUUUGAUAAACCAUAAUUGAUAUUUCUUGAGAAAUUAAAGCAGAGGUAUGUUGUAAAAUCAUAAUUUGAAUUUUAGGGAUGCCAUCUAAUCUAGUCUUUAUGUGAUAGGCUCAGAAAACUGUAUAAUUUGUGGUUGUGAAGUCUAGAUGUUAACAAUGGUGUCCUUGUGAUAUCAAUAAUCAUGCACAAAUGAUGAAAGAAAGUGAAGUGUGGUUGUGUGAGGGGUAUGUUUUGGUGCACAUGCAAACAUUUUUAAUAGCACAUCUGUUUGGUUGUUCUAUGUUCACAUUCAUUUAAUGUGUUACAGGACAAUGUUUAUCACCAUAUGUAGAUUUCAUAUGUCAUAUUUUGAAUAUUAUUAAUAAAGUAUUUUGAACCAAAAAAU